AUGAUAGUGUUCAAGCAACCUCAGUCGCCCACCACGCGGUCACCUGGGACGAGAACUCCGGAACAUUCUCAUGCAUGGCCGAGGAGAAGCGGGGAUGACAUCGACUGGGAAGAGCGGGACAUUGAGCGCUAUCUUACCAAGGUUCUGGGAGAGAACAACGGUGACUACUGCCGAUACGAGAUGCUUGUUGAUGCUGCAAGAAUCUCUUGGCUGGGAUCACUGCACAAUAAAGGAGAUUGUCGACAAUUCGAUGAAGUCAUAUCGCCUGAUAUCAUCGCCAAAGCCAACGCGAUUCUCAACAACCAUGAAUCUUGGGAAGAGGUUCAAGACCUUCUGGAACUUGCAGAGGACGAAGACGACCGGGGCUCGUCACCUUUCUCGGAGGAUGAGCCAACUGAGGUUCUUCGUCUGUUUCAACGCUUCACAGCCUGGGCCUCGCCCAAUCUUCGCUUCGAUAGAUACGUAUUGAAACGUGAGCGUAACGACGAGCCCUUUUACACCAUUCGAGGCUAUCUCCGAGACGUUCUAGUACUUCUCUCGAUGAAACGACUAUGGGAGGACAACCUGCGUUUGGAAUGGCAGCCUGAUAUUCACCCUGCGGCCAUCCACCGGGCUGUGGCAUUCGCCGGCAAGAUUGGGCAGCGGGCGACAACGGAGCUCUUUGGCGCUUUCUUGGAGAGAAUGGAGUGUACUUCACUGGAUCCCGACAAUCACUUCUUCCCCCAAAGUCCUGCCGAAAGGCAAAGUAUGACACGACGCUUCCUUUCUGGGCUAUCCAAGUGCAAGCCAAUGCAAAACUCGGACAUUUCUCACUUGGUAGCAACCCAUUCGACCAAUCACCACACGAAGGGAGUCAGGUUCAUACUUCCCGACGAGGAUUCCAGAAAAGAGGCCAAGUUUUCGCCCUUGCGCGAGUUGGCCAAGCAAUACAAGCUGUCGGUGCACACUUUCAUCCGGCUGUCGAUUUUCAUCUACUCGGAUACGAUCUAG